CUCUAGCAGAGUGUGGGCACGGACACCAACCAAACCAUCAUUGCGCUCGAAGCAAUGUUUUGCGCAUUUAGCACAAGGGCGAAUAGAUUGGUGGUCGACCACCUCGGUGUUUCUCUAGCCGUGGAAGGUUCACUCUCUGGGAACGCGGAGGCGGAAAAAGGAAGAAAGAAGGGGUUUUGAUUCUCCUCUGCAGCGAACAUCUGAUGCGUGAAGUUUCCGAUCGCGAUGAGGGGAUCCUGCGAUUCUUCUGCUAGAAAUCCAUGAAAGGUGUUGGUUGUUGUUCUGGUUUUAAAUGUAAAGAUAUCUCCUUUAUCUGAAAACAAGUGAAGCCUGGUGGUUUCUGGAAAGUUUGGGAGGUUUUUGGUAUUGUGAUUGUCUGAUUGUCUAUCUGGAACAAAAAGAGGAAUUUGGUUUGAUUUGGGGCUUCUACUGUGGUGACUUAGGGUUUGCCCUUUGGUGAUUGCGAGAAGAGUUGACUGGAUUCUGUUCUGAUGAGAUAGGAGGAGGACGGAAUUCUUUCUUUUUUUUGUUAUGUGAUUUAGCUUUGGAAAUGGAGAAACAAUCAAAGAUCGGAGCACUGGAGAAACUGCAGAGCUUGCGGAGCUUUCGCAUGGAUAAGCAAAAGAGCUUUCGGUUGGGAGAUAGACAACAAAGCUUCAAAGAAAGGAAGAGCAAGGAAAGCCCCGGCAAGCGAGGGGAUCUGGAGCUCCAUCUCGCUGCCAGGGCUGGCAACGCAUUGCAUGUGCAAAAGAUACUGGCUGAGUGCGGUGAGGAGCAGUUGAAGAAGUUGAUCAACAAGCAGAACCAGGAUGGAGAGAUACCGUUAUAUGUCGCGGCAGAAAGGGGUCACGUGGAGGUUGUUAGGGAGAUAUUGAAGGUCUCAGACAUUCAAUCAGCUGGCAUCAAGGCCAAGAACCACUAUGAUUCAUUUCAUAUUGCUGCUAAGCAUGGGCAUCUUGAAGUUUUGAGGGAUCUCUUGCAAUCUUUCCCUGCUCUUGCUAUGACAACAAAUUCACUAAAUUCCACAGCCUUGGACACUGCUGCAACUCAAGGACAUGUUGACAUUGUUAAUCUGCUGCUAGAGACCGACGCAAGCCUUGCUAAGAUAGCGAGGAAUAAUGGGAAAACAACUUUACAUUCAGCAGCAAGAAUGGGACAUGUCGAUGUGGUGAAGGCCAUUCUAGAAAAAGACCCAACUAUGGGUUUGAGGACUGAUAAGAAGGGGCAGACAGCAUUUCACAUGGCUGUGAAGGGCCAAAAUGUUGAAAUGUUAAUGGCGUUGCUGGAGCCUGAUAAAUCAAUAGUCAAUUUGGAAGAUAGCAAGGGAAAUAGACCUUUGCACAUUGCUACAAGGAAGGGCUACCCAAAGAUUGUUGGAACCUUGUUACAAGUUGAGGGAAUUGAAGUAAAUGCAGUGAACAAAGCAGGUGAAACUGCCCUCAGCAUUGCUGAAAAAUUGGCAAAUGAAGAUAUCGCGGCCGAUAUUGCUGCCAUUCUGAGAGAAUUUGGUGCAGUCAUCGCAAAAGAACCAGCAAAUACAGCAACUGCUGCGAAGCAACUGAAGCAAACAGUCAGUGACAUAAAACACGACGUUCAAUCUCAACUCAAACAAACACGUCAAACAGAAAAGAAGGUGCAGAAGAUCAAAAAGAGGCUUAAGAAGCUCCACCUGGGAGGCCUCAAUAACGCCAUCAAUUCCAACACUGUGGUUGCUGUCCUCAUUGCCACUGUGGCCUUCGCAGCCAUAUUCCAAUUGCCAGGCUCCUUUGUUUCAGAUGCUGAAGAGGGGUUUACUCCUGGACAAGCCUACAUAGCGGACAAUGCAGCAUUCAUCAUAUUUUUGAUCUUCGAUUCUUUGGCUUUGUUCAUCUCACUGGCUGUGGUAGUUGUCCAGACUUCCUUGAUUGUCGUCGAGCAGAAUGCAAAGAUGACGAUGGUUUUCGUGAUGAACAAAUUGAUGUGGCUGGCUUGCCUCUUCAUAUCAGUGGCCUUCAUCUCUCUUACAUAUGUAGUUGUGGGAAAGCAUGAUUCGUGGUUGGCAUGGUCAACCAUGGCGAUUGGUGCUACGAUUAUGCUAACCACCCUGGGCUCAAUGAUCUACUUUGUAAUCAUUCACAGGAUCGAAGAGAAGAACAUGAGAAACAUAAGAAGGAACCCUACGAGUAGAUCUCACUCCUUGUCUAUGUCAGUUGGCUCCGACUCAGAGUUACUGAAUAGUGAAUUCAAGAAGAUGUAUGCUCUUUAGGAUGGAUAUAUAUAUCAUCCUAUAUUUCGAUGCCCCCACUCGAAGAAUUACCAAAAGUCCUGACUAAGCUUUUAUAUAUACGGCACAGGCACAGCUCUUCCAAGGGAACUUGUCAGUAGCAUUUCACCAUUGUGAAAGAGUUACCUGCAGUCACCAUUGUGAACUGAUGCAUGCUCAUCUUAUAUAUUCUUCCUCAUGUCGAAUUUACACUAUAUCGCAAACUUGUUAAGAUAGAUAAUUUGCAGGUAACUUGUAUCUACCUUGCAGAUAUUCCCCAUUUCUGAAAGAGGAUGAAAAUUGGAGAUGUGUGUCUUGUCUAAGACACUAGAAUCUCUCAAAGUUCA